AUGUUUACCGGUAUAGUUGAGCACAUUGGGGAGGUUGAGCUCUUCACGAAGCAGGACGAUGGCAAUUACACGCUGACCAUUGUGAAGGCGUCGCCUGUGCUGGGCGAUGCCCACAUCGGUGAUUCGAUUGCGGUGAACGGUACGUGUCUCACGGUGACGUGGUUUGAUGGUGAUAGUUUCACCGUGGGGUUGAUACCUGAGACUCUUAGACGCACCAACCUGGGCUCCCUGACAAAGGGCACCAAGGUCAACCUGGAGAGGGCUGUGGGCGGCGAUGUUAGGUUUGGAGGCCAUUACGUCCAAGGUCACGUCGAUACUGUGUGUACCAUUGUGGGCGCACAAGCUGAGGAGAAUGCAAUCAACUACUCGUUUGAGCUGAGGGACAAGGAGUACAUCGAUUACAUUGUGGAGAAGGGGUUUAUCUGCCUGGAUGGCACUAGUCUGACAGUGACGUUUGUCGAUUACGACAAGUCGCAGUUUGGAAUCAGCAUGAUUAAACAUACACAGGAGAACGUUGUGAUGCCUUUGAAGCAUCUCGGCGACGCCGUCAACGUCGAAGUGGACGUGAUGGGGAAGCUGAUCAAGAAGCAGGUUGGUCUCUACAUGGAGCGCGAGGUGUCUGGUAAGUUGGAGCAGAUGAUCAAUUCCAUUGUUGACAAGAAACUUGGCUCUCUCAAGCAAUAA